CUGGACAAUAAAACUGAGAAUAAAGGACUGUGGUACAAUGCUAAACACAGCAUUAUCUGACUGACUGUACACUACUGAGAUUCAAACUUCAGGAAAUUUGAAUUAUGAGAGAAGAGACUGACAGCUUGGCGAAUCAGCAGGUGAUUAGUGUCUGGGUGCGGGACCCACGGAUACGAAAGAAUGACUUCUGGCAUGCCUACAUAGACUAUGAAAUUUGUUUGCAUACUGACAGCGUGUGCUUCACUAAGAAGAUCUCGAGCGUGAGAAGGAGGUACAGUGAGUUUGUAUGGCUCAGGCAAAAACUACAAGCAAAUUCACAGCUGAUGUUACAGCUGCCAGAACUGCCCUCAAAGAAUCCCUUCUUCAGCCUGAACAACGCGCGACAGAUCACCAAGCGGAUGAAAGGGCUCCAGAAGUUCUUGGAACAGAUUCUCCAGAGCCCUGUGCUGCUGUCUGACAGCUGCUUGCACCUUUUCCUGCAGUCACAGCUCAGCGUGUCCAAGAUAGAGGCCUGUGCUGCUGGAAGGACCCACUUCUCUGUGGCCCAGGCGGUCCAGGGCUGUGGCCUCAGAAGAUUUCACUCUGAAGAGGAUCUGCAGAAGAACCUCAGCCUGUGCUGUGACUCUGAUUCAGACAGCUCAGAGUGUAGAUCUCCAGAGCCUCUGAUUAAGGAUUUGGCAAUAAACAAAGCAAAGAGCACAGCCUCACUUGAUCUCAUGGGAAGCAGCCAAGAGGAAACCUUCAGCUGCUCAUCUGGUUCUACAUAAAACCAUCACCUUCAUAUUACUGAGAGAAAUGUUGGAGUCUAUACACUUACAUUCUGCACGACCUUUCGGACCUGCAAAGAGGGAAGUCACCUGUUACCCUGUCAGACUGCAAUUUUUGCCACAUAUUUGCUCCUAAUUAUUAUGUUCUCAUUUAGUUAGAAAAGCAUUUCAGUUUGAAACAUGUACAGUGAAUAGUAACAAAAAUAAAGUAUUAUUUAUCUGAAUAUUGUCCGCAUAGCUAUAAAGCGGUAGCAACAAAUUACCUGAAGAUGGCAGUGUUGUUACAUCCAUCUGUAUGAAAUUGCUGUAACUGUCUAUAUUUACUUUAUAAACAAACUUAAAAGCA